CUGAUGCUGAUCUUGUUUAGUCCUUGGUCUGCACCUAAGGAUUUAAUGAACACAUACUCCUCGUGGUCUGAUGCAUUUGAACACUUCAUGCGUGAGUGUCCACCUAAGUUCCAGUACAUAAUGAAAAAUAUGCAGAUUCUGCAUGAAUGUCAAGAUAGUCGUGAUGAUCAUUACGCUUGA